CGUUCGCAAUACCCUGCUUCUGGUAUGGGCUUCUGCAACUCAAUAACAAGUAGCUGAGCCAUUUGAAAAGUAGGUUUAGGUUACAAGUUAGAAGCUUUGAAAGAAGCAAAAUGAUGCUGAUGCAACAAACCUGGGCACUAUUUUCAUCGAAGCCAGCUUGGGUGAAAGCACAAUACAGCACAUCCUCCAUCGAUUCUAAUCCCAUGGCUGCUACCGUCCCCGGCCACGCCCCCAAAUGGGCUCAGAAGACCAUUACUCUUCCUCCCCUUCGGAGAGGCUGCCAUCUCGUUACGUCUCAGAUAUUGAAAGAAAUUAGGCCCGGUUUAUCAGAUUUUAAGUGUGGCCUUGCUCAUCUAUUCCUGCAACACACAAGUGCUUCUCUUACCAUCACUGAGAAUUAUGAUUCGGAUGUUCGUGACGACACCGAUACAUUUCUCAGCAAAAUAGUUCCAGAGGGAAGGUCUGCGCCUUGGAAGCAUACGCUUGAAGGCCCUGAUGACAUGCCAGCCCAUAUCAAAUCAUCCAUGUUUGGCUGCGCCCUAACGGUUCCUAUUACAGAUGGAAAACUUAACAUGGGAACUUGGCAGGGCAUUUGGCUUUGUGAGCAUCGCGAUGCCCUGACAGCUCGUAGAGUGGUGGUGACUCUCAAUGGCAUCUAAGGUACUAAAUGUGGAGAGGCUCUGUUUCCCCCAACCGUGUAAUUGUAUUAUACUUAAGAUGCUUUCGUGAUCACUAUCCUAUAUUUGUUGAUGGGAUACACUAAUGUGAGUAGGAAUGGUAUAAACUAGUUUUUUUGCUUUGUCCAAGUGACAUUGAUUGCAAUGAGUUUGUAAUCAGUUGUGAUUGACGCUUCUACCUGAAAUCCUUUUGCUUUCGUUGA